GUCAGAGGGCCUAGAUGCGCGGACCACUGUGCCGAGAAGCGUCGCGUCCCGUAUUCCAUUGGUGGUGGGGCCUGACAAGGAAACGGGUGAGGAUAUUUUGCAGCACGUCUCAAUGGAAUUUUCGCGUGAGAAGCUUCUACAGCGGGCGGCUGAAAAUAUUUUUACCUGGCAGCUCUUCUCGGCGGGACCGUACCUCAGUUUUAGAAAGGAGAGCGUGUCGCUGCUGAAGAAGUUGUAUGCGUCGAAAAAGGUAGUUAAACAAGAGCUGGGCCUCCUUGAGGGUCUCUUGGGCCAAUUACGCGAACUUUCUGUUAGCACGAAGACGCUCAAUCAAGUUAUAACCAUGCCAUCAAAUAGUAUGCAUGACGCUGAGGACUCUUCCAAGUGUGUUGUGCCUGUGGACGACCUUCAAGCACAUGCGCUUGAAUUUCUCAGUGAAAUACACGCUUUGGAUGAUGCUUUGGAGCUGCUUGAGAGGUCGUUAAGGGCUGGUCAGCUGUCUUGCGAGGAGUAUGUGCGGCGUGUGUCUGACAUUGGGCGGGAACAGUUCGAGGCAAGGUUUCUUUUUGCCCGUGUGGCUGAGGCUGUGAAUCGUGUUUGUGCCAAGACAGGUCAACCGUUGCCAACUAUGCCUCCGCGAACCACCUCAAAGCCGGCUCCUGGCAACGGCCCUAUUCAAGUGCCGACGAAGAUGAAAAGUGUGGAUUUGUUGCUUAGAGAGUUUCCUGAGGUGGACUCGGAGAUGGUGAAGACGGUGCUCAACGCUGUGGACGGAAACGUGCCGGAUGCCCGCGUUCAGCUGAAGGCAAUGCUCUCGUAG